AUGGUCGCCUGCCCGAUUUGUGAAAAGCCGGUGAAGGAAGUGAACAUUAACCGACACAUCGACUCUGGAUGUCAGGAUCUAAUUGACGAGGCGACUCCGUCUCAGGCCAACCAAGCCAAUGCCGCCACUUCGAAAACUCCGAAGGCACCCAGCUUCUUCACACCAGCAAGCAAGCGAACAGUGAAUUCACAGGAUGACCGGUCCGUCUCCCACACCAGCUCGAUCGCCAAAGCAGACUCGGGUGAUGCCGUUGGGCUCAAACCCCUACCGUCAGCGUCACCUGCACCGAUACAUGGUGUGAAGCGUUCUGCUGAUGGCGAGGAUUCUACUGGCGUAAACGUACAGCAGCCAGCAGCGGCGUGCCCCAUAAGCAAGAGGCCAAAGAAGACACAUGCGCCACUUGCCGAGCGGAUGCGGCCGCAAACUUUGGACGAGGUUGCUGGGCAGGAGCUCGUGGGCCCGAACGGCGUACUCCGCAACCUCAUAUUGACCGACAGAGUUCCGUCCAUGAUCUUAUGGGGUGGCCCAGGUACAGGGAAGACGACUAUUGCUCGGCUGAUUGCGCAGACGGCGGGUACAAGAUUCGUAGAGAUCAACAGCACCUCCAGCGGAGUCGCGGAAUGCAAGAAGCUGUUCGCCGAAGCAAAGAACGAGCUCGGCUUGACCGGACGCAAAACGAUCAUCUUCUGCGACGAGAUUCAUCGCUUCAGCAAAUCGCAACAAGAUGUGUUCCUUGGUCCGGUCGAGGCAGGGCAAGUAACGCUUAUUGGCGCUACUACGGAAAAUCCAAGCUUCAAGGUAGUGAACGCGCUGCUUAGCCGAUGCAGGACAUUCACUCUGUCUAAGUUGUCUGGCGACAAUGUCUUUGGCAUCCUCAAGCGUGCAUUGGGGCAAGAAGUGCCUGGCCUCCCAACGCCAGCACCGAGCCCCAACGACGACUAUGCACUUGUUCGCUACCUGGCCGAAUUUGCAGACGGGGAUGCUCGCACUGGGCUUAAUUUGCUUGAGCUUGCACUUGAUUUGUGUGAGAAGCCAGCCCUCACAGCGGAAGAUAUUAGGAAGAGCCUGACGCAGACGCUUGUGUACGAUCGCGCGGGUGAUCAGCAUUACGAUACCAUCAGCGCGUUCCACAAGUCUGUGCGUGGAAGCAAUGCUGAUGCUGCCCUAUACUACCUUGCUCGUAUGCUGCAAUCCGGCGAGGAUCCGCUUUAUGUUGCAAGGCGUAUGGUCGUCAUUGCCAGCGAAGAUGUAGGCUUGGCAGACAACAGCUUGCUUUCACUAGCGACGGCAACAUAUUCCGCCGCGGAGAAGAUAGGCAUGCCGGAAUGUCGCAUCAACCUGGCGCAUUGCGCGGUGGCACUAAGUCUGGCUCGGAAGAGCACGCGCGCUUACCGCGGUCUGAACGCAGCGUAUAGGGCACUAAGCGAGCCGGGUAUGGCGGGACUUCCGGUGCCGAUCCAUCUUCGCAACGCACCCACGAAGCUCAUGAAGGAGCUCGGGUACGGCAAGGAGUACAAAUAUAACCCGGACUACGCUGAUGGUCGCGUUGUACAAGACUAUCUACCCGCCAAGCUUGAAGGUCGCAGAUUUCUUGGCUCGCAGGAUCUAGGCGAUCAGGUCGAUCCGGAAGUCGCGGAGCUGGAAGGAGAAUUGCGAAUGGCUUCAGCGUACGAAUCCGGCGAGCCUGAGGUACUGCUGGACCCGGACGGAGAUUGA